GUUUCAGGAAGGUUGCAAAACAAUUGCGUCAGAAAGUUGCGCACUUGCUUCUGGAAAGGUGAUAGACGACGUUUGUCUUGCGUGACACGGGACAGUAAUACAUCGUAAUCAUGUUGGCGAGGCUGACGUGCCUGAGGACUCUCCCGCUUGCCGGGCUCCGACCUGUGCUCACGCAGAGCUCCCCAGCCAUGAGGGUACCCAUCUUGAAGGCCUGUACACCCCUGCUCAGGCCCCAGCAGGGUUAUGCCUCCAAGACCAGGUUUGGUUUCCGCCGUGCAAAGACAACCAGAGACCAGCUAAAGGAAGCAGCUUUUGAACCAGCAACAGAUACAGCCAUCAAAAUUGACAGCAUGGGAAGAAUGAUACUGGCUGGAGGUGCAGCAGUUGGCCUUGGAGCUCUGUGCUAUUAUGGACUUGGCAUGUCCAAUGAUAUUGGUGCCAUUGAGAAAGCAAUGAUCUGGCCUCAGUAUGUGAAAGAUAGGAUCCACUCCACCUACAUGUACUUUGCAGGCAGUGUUGGACUGACUGCUCUGUCGGCUGUAGCUGUGAGCAGGACCCCAGCUCUAAUGGGUCUGAUGAUGAGAGGAUCCUGGCUGGCAAUUGGAGCAACUUUUGCAGCUGUGAUUGGUGCAGGCAUGCUGGUUAGGUCCAUUUCAUAUGAGCACAGCCCAGUGCCCAAACACCUUGCUUGGAUGCUCCAUGCGGGUGUAAUGGGUGCUGUGAUUGCCCCUCUCACUCUCCUGGGAGGGCCUCUGAUGGUGAGGGCUGCCUGGUACACUGCAGGCAUCGUGGGAGGUCUGUCUACUGUUGCAAUGUGUGCUCCAAGUGAGAAGUUCCUUAAUAUGGGAGGACCACUGGCUGUUGGCUUUGGAGUGGUGUUUGCAUCCUCUCUGGGAUCGAUGUUCCUGCCACCCACCUCAGCAUUUGGGGCAGGCCUCUACUCCAUUGCUGUCUAUGGAGGCUUGGUCCUGUUCAGCAUGUUCCUCCUCUAUGAUACACAGAAGGUCAUCAAGAGAGCAGAGACACACCCACUCUAUGGCGUGCAAAAAUAUGACCCCAUCAAUGCGUGUAUGGGGAUUUACAUGGACACACUGAACAUUUUCAUUAGGCUGGUGAUGAUUCUGGCUAACGGCGGUGGCGGCAAAAGGAAGUAAACACCAGCAUGACUCCAGCUUCACUUUCACCUUCCAUGGAGCCUGAGAAAGUCAUGUUUUUUGCUAGCAGCAUAAACCAGAUGACUACUGUUAUCUUUUAGAGAUGAAUCUUGUCUAACUGCUAGAUCAACAUGAAUGCUUUGAAAGCAUGUACAGACGAGGAUUGCACUGUGGUACGAGGUACCAGUCAAAGUAAAGAAGAUAAAUUGUUGUAUAUCGCUAGCACAGAGCUCUGACCUUGAAUUUUGGAAGCAUCUGGUUUAUCCUGGGGUUUAACAGAUUAGUUCAAUCUGUCUGUAUAAGUUUUUGCUUCCCUCAGAAGUCAUUUGUAUUGUUUUCUAUUUAUUUCCACUUGUUGGUGUUUCUGUUUUUAUUAAGUGUAAAUCCAGAAAUGUCACAGAAUAACCAAAAGGCCACAUAUGCCAACCAUAGAUUGGACCACAUUCACAGUACAAUAACCUAUGUUGUAUGUAAUUGUCUGAGAAAUUCUCUGGUAUUGCACUUAUGUAAUGGGUUAAAGAGGCAGUGGUUCAUACUGUUUUUGAAAAGGAUGCAGUAAUUUGAACAAUGGAAUUGGUAAAUAAAGUCACUGUUAUGUAUUUUGCAAAA